UUUUCAUGCAGAUGAAUGGCACGCCCAACUUCAACAACUUUCGUUGCGGGCUUAUGGGUCGAAUGACACUGCGCACGCCUCUUCUGCUGCCCUCGAACUGCUCAAGCUGAUAACUGAGCCCGAGUCAUGGCCGAAAGGCCGUCAGUUGAUGUGUUGGAGCCUCAUCCGCCAACUGGUCAGUUUUGGUAGGAACCCGCUACUGGCUCUGCUGGCUGAGAGUGACUUGAAGAGCCAUUGCAUCCAGAAAGUUUCUGAAGUCAUGGAACCAGCAAUCCAGGGACUUAUCCUUUUCAAACAGUUCACGUCAGAAGUACGGGAGCAAGUGGAGGCGGUAGCCACCGUUGUCCUCGAGACUUUCACGAAGCAUCUGAAGGACCGCGGCAAUACCUCCAGGCACCUACACGGCUCUGUUCGGCUUGAAGCGCUGCACAGGCUAGCCACGCUGAAGCUAGACGUUGGUUUUCCCGAUCAUAUUCGAGAGGAAUCAGAUUUGGAAGCAAUAUACAGCUCAUUCCCACAAGCCAAGGGAACCUUCUGGGACGCUUGGAUUCGCUAUUCAAAUAUUGUGCAAAAGCUGAACCUAGAGCGGGUCAGUCAACCGAACGUGACCUUCGAGGCUGCGGGCAUGACAGCUGCCUACUCUCCUUGUCUCAACAAGAUUGUCAUCCCCGCUGGCGUUGGCAGACCUCCCUUACUGAUAAGCAAAGGCCCUCCAGCGUAUCACUAUGCAACACUCGGAAUGGUUGGUGCCUUCAAUAAUUUACGAGUUACUUUCUUUGACUGCUGUGGGGCAACCUGCUUCGAUGACUUAGUAGCUAGGUCAUUCUAUUGAUGACGUCAAGAGCCAUCCGGCUAUCUGCUGCGACAGGCGCAUUCCAGUGAAGACAGAAUUCAAGAACAGUAGUACAUUUCUGAAGCACCCUAUCGUGUCACCUUCCAGAAACAUUGACGCUGUACUACAAAUUCAAGUCUACAUACCUAGAAUCAAAGUUGUCGUGCUGUAGACAGUCUGGAGGCAGUUGUCAACUUUUAUUUACAGUAUGAAAAAAAGACCUCUUUCACUGAAUGUUUCUACAGCUAUUGCUUAUAAGAGCUAUCAAAGGUGUGUGUACAUGUCCGAUAUUACUAUCUUUGCCUUUACUUCUCUCCGCAAUGGCGUUUCUUAUUGACAAUACCUACGAUAGGCGAAUGUUUACAUCCACCGAGCAUGAUCUUGAUACAUCUCCUGUUUACUUUUUUGUUGUAGUUUUGAGAAUUGUAGAAGGAUAUUUUAACUAAAAGUAACGACCCUGAUUUAUUACACAAUGGUUAACAUAGGUUAAAGGGCAUACAAAAAUAAUGUGUCACGUCUCACGCCAAAUUGCAUUGAGGGUAAAUGCUUAUUUUCACAGGGUAGACUGAUUUCUUGUUUACCUAACUCGUCUUGUCGUGAUAUGAGCGCAGAUCAUCUCUCAUGCAUUGUUUCGUGGUGACUGCGUUCGGGAGGCGAGAGGCAUUGACGCCAUGGCAACCGACUGUGAAAACUGGUGGACAGCCGCAGCGCAGUAUUAUUACUUGCAAGGAACUCGAUGCCCUUCGACUGAGCCUCCACCGCUUGCUGACGACUACGAAUACAUUCCCAACCUAAAUGUGGAACCAGAACUCUUGCACGCGCUAGCAGCGACAUCCGCAGCCUACGAAGCCUUCCGCUCGCUUCCCGAGCCGCAGAUGAAUCGCGUGCUCCCUACGCUCAACUAUACGGCAGAACAACUCUUCUUUGUGGUGAACUGUGCUUUACAAUGUUGCGACGGUGAAACUUACCGUUCCUACGCUUCAUACGAUGACCAUUCAUUUUGCGAAGAAGGCGUUUCUUCCUGUCACUUAUCGUCGGGGUGCAACAGCGUCGCCAAGCGGCUUCCAGAGUUUGCCGCUGCCUUUCGCUGUCCAGCAGGAUCCAAGAUGAACCCCCGUGACAGGUGUACGAUGUGAACAGAAACGUUUGCUUUGUGAACGUUUUGAAAAAUGCCAAGGACGGAACGGCUGGGGAGGGGACACAGUUAUAUGGUAUAUGUGAAUACUUUGUAUUCUCAUUCUUAUUACCAUCCUUCAAAACGCAAUACAUUUACAUUAGUUCGUAUUCCGCAUUACGUAGUGACGCCAGCAGCUGCCACGCUACUUGUAAAGAGCCACCGCCACCUUAGUAGCACUGCAUGAAAGUUUAAUACGCAUCUUAGUUCAGCCAUCCAGAGGGUGUCCUUAGGUAUCAUUGUGAGAAGACGUACGCGUCUAACAUUAAGCUUGUUUCCUAAUGUGAACAAAAAAUCACACGAAAUUUAUGCGUAACAUAGGAAGACCAUUUGCUGUUGUUAUCUGGCUUUUGUCUAAAAAUAUUACCAAUAAUUUUUACACAAAUAUAUUUUGGACGAUUUGUGCCGAACUUUGUAUUUCGCGCUUCCUGGUAGGUGCUGGCACACGCGCUAAGAAUGCGCCACCUGAUAUUUCAUGUGUGAUUCUUAGAAUAAACAAGUCAACAACAAGUGAAGUUUCUUUUUUUGUUGACGCCUAAUUGUCUUUAUGUUUGCCUGUCUACAUAGUCACAUCACAUAUGGCAUUACUUCGUUGAAGAAUACAUAUAACUGCCACAUUUUAUGCAUACAUCACAUUCAGAACCAGACCAUUCGCAUUAUUACCAAGAGUUCUUGUACUCUAAUGCUUCUCCGGUCCAUCAA